AAGGUACCCAAGCCGGCCUUAUCUCCUCAUAACAGAGGGAACCUGUCCAUUCCUGGCGGAUGCUGUGUCACCCAUAUUCCUUGAAGAGGGAUCUGUAUGAAUUCGAGCGGGGGAGUAGAAGCAAAGCGCUUGGAGUUUAGUUGUUGGUACAAGUUUGUGUUUUAGUAAUGGGAAAAUUCCUUACUAUUCUAAAGUAAAUUUGUCUGGUCUCUAGUAGAGAUGGGCAAUUGCCUUAUUUGUUUUUAUUUCUCAAUACGCAUAUAAAAAUGCUGCAUGGCAUAGAUCUGAGUAGGCAAUUAUUUUUAGAACGUAAGGAUGACCCCCAUAGAGCUAUGAAGAUCUUCCAUUAGGCUUCAAGGUACCGGGAGAAAGGAAGUUCCCUGGAGGUCAGUUAGUUUUUUGUCUCAGGAUCUGUGAGAAAACUUGUACUUUUCCACAAGGAGACCGGCAGUGACUUACAUCCCUUUAGAGGAGAAAAUCGACCUCGCUGGCUUUGAAGGACCCUCUCUCACUCCUGACUCAGACUCCCCUUUGUGGCAGGAAAUAGGAGGUAUGGCAUCACAGCUGCAGUUUUCCCCCCCAUCAGUGUCGUCGAGUGCCUUCUGCAGUGCGAAGAAACUGAAAAUAGAGCCCUCCGGCUGGGAUGUUUCUGGACAGAGCAACAACGACAAAUACUAUUCCCACAGCAAAACCCUCCCCGCCACACAAGGGCAAGCCAGCUCCUCUCACCAGGUAGCAAACUUCAACAUCCCUGCCUAUGACCAGGGCCUUCUCCUCCCAGCCCCGGCCGUGGAGCACAUCGUUGUAACAGCGGCUGACAGCUCAGCCAGCGCUGCUCCGUCCACCUUCCAAAGCAGCCAGACCCUGACGCACAGGAGCAACGUUUCUUUGCUUGAGCCGUAUCAAAAAUGUGGACUGAAAAGAAAAAGUGAGGAGGUCGACAGCAACGGUAGCGUGCAGAUCAUAGAAGAACACCCCCCUCUCAUGCUGCAAAACAGGACUGUGGUGGGUGCUGCUGCCACGACCACCACUGUGACCACGAAGAGUAGCAGUUCCAGCGGAGAAGGGGAUUACCAGCUGGUCCAGCAUGAGAUCCUUUGCUCGAUGACCAACAGCUACGAAGUCCUGGAGUUCCUCGGCCGGGGAACGUUUGGACAGGUGGCGAAGUGCUGGAAGCGGAGCACCAAGGAAAUUGUGGCCAUUAAGAUCUUGAAGAACCACCCCUCCUAUGCCAGACAGGGACAGAUCGAAGUGAGCAUCCUUUCCCGCCUCAGCAGUGAAAAUGCUGAUGAGUAUAAUUUUGUCCGUUCUUACGAGUGCUUUCAGCAUAAGAAUCACACCUGCCUUGUGUUUGAGAUGCUGGAGCAGAACUUAUAUGAUUUCCUAAAGCAGAACAAGUUCAGUCCACUGCCACUCAAGUACAUCAGGCCCAUCCUGCAGCAGGUGGCCACCGCCCUGAUGAAGCUCAAGAGCCUGGGUCUGAUUCACGCCGACCUGAAGCCAGAAAACAUAAUGCUGGUCGAUCCAGUGCGCCAGCCCUACCGAGUGAAGGUCAUUGACUUUGGUUCUGCUAGUCACGUGUCCAAGGCCGUGUGCUCAACCUACCUACAGUCACGCUACUACAGAGCCCCUGAAAUUAUUCUUGGAUUGCCAUUUUGUGAAGCUAUUGAUAUGUGGUCCUUGGGCUGCGUGAUAGCUGAGCUGUUCCUGGGAUGGCCUCUUUAUCCUGGUGCUUCGGAAUACGAUCAGAUUCGUUACAUUUCACAAACACAAGGUCUGCCAGCUGAAUAUCUUCUCAGUGCCGGGACCAAAACGACCAGGUUUUUCAACAGAGAUCCUAAUUUGGGGUACCCACUGUGGAGGCUUAAGACACCUGAAGAGCAUGAACUGGAAACUGGAAUCAAAUCAAAAGAAGCUCGAAAGUACAUUUUCAAUUGUUUAGAUGACAUGGCUCAGGUGAACAUGUCCACAGACUUAGAAGGAACAGACAUGUUGGCAGAGAAGGCGGAUCGCAGAGAAUACAUUGAUCUGUUAAAAAAAAUGCUAACAAUCGAUGCAGAUAAGAGAAUUACUCCUCUGAAAACUCUUAACCAUCAGUUUGUAACAAUGACUCACCUUCUGGAUUUUCCACAUAGCAAUCAUGUUAAGUCUUGUUUUCAGAACAUGGAGAUCUGCAAGCGGAGGGUUCACAUGUAUGAUACAGUGAGUCAGAUCAAGAGUCCCUUCACGACGCACGUUGCCCCAAAUACAAGCACAAACCUAACCAUGAGCUUCAGCAACCAGCUUAAUACAGUGCACAAUCAGGCCAGUGUUUUAGCUUCCAGUUCGACUGCAGCAGCUGCUACUCUGUCUCUGGCUAACUCGGAUGUCUCACUGCUGAACUACCAGUCGGCUCUGUACCCCUCGUCUGCAGCACCAGUGCCUGGAGUGGCCCAGCAGGGUGUUUCCUUGCAGCCUGGAACCACCCAGAUUUGCACACAGACAGAUCCAUUCCAACAAACUUUUAUAGUAUGUCCACCUGCUUUUCAAACUGGACUACAGGCCACGACAAAGCAUUCUGGGUUCCCUGUGAGGAUGGAUAACGCUGUGCCGAUUGUCCCCCAGGCGCCGGCGGCUCAGCCACUGCAGAUCCCGUCGGGAGUGCUCACGCAGGGAAGCUGUACACCACUAAUGGUAGCAACUCUCCACCCUCAAGUAGCCACCAUCACACCGCAGUAUGCGGUGCCCUUUACUCUGAGCUGCGCAGCCGGCCGGCCGGCGCUGGUUGAACAGACCGCUGCUGUACUGCAGGCUUGGCCCGGAGGAACCCAACAGAUCCUCCUGCCUUCAACUUGGCAACAGUUGCCUGGAGUAGCUCUGCACAACUCCGUCCAGCCCACGGCAGUGAUCCCAGAGGCCAUGGGCGGAGGCCAGCAGCUCGCAGACUGGAGGAGUGCCCACUCGCAUGGCAGCCAGUACAGCACCGUCAUGCAGCCGCCGUCCUUGCUCACCAGCCACGUGACACUGGCCACUGCGCAGCCCCUGAAUGUUGGCGUUGCCCACGUCGUCAGACAGCAACAGUCCAGUUCCCUGCCUUCCAAGAAGAACAAGCAGUCGGCUCCGGGCUCCUCUAAGUCUUCUCUGGAUGUUCUGCCUUCUCAAGUCUAUUCCCUGGUUGGGAGCAGUCCCCUCCGUACCACAUCUUCCUAUAAUUCCCUAGUUCCUGUCCAAGAUCAGCAUCAGCCAAUCAUCAUUCCAGAUACUCCCAGCCCCCCUGUGAGUGUCAUCACUAUCCGCAGUGACACCGACGAGGAGGAGGACAACAAAUACAAGCCCAAUAGCUCUGGCCUGAAGGCAAGGUCCAAUGUCAUCAGCUACGUCACUGUCAAUGACUCUCCCGACUCGGACUCUUCCCUGAGCAGCCCGUACUCCACCGAGAACUUGAGCGCUCUCCGGGGCAAUAGCGGGCCCCUCGUGGAGGGGCCGGGCAGAGGCGUGGGCGACGGCGCUGGCACCCGCACCAUCAUUGUGCCUCCGCUGAAGACGCAGCCUGGUGACUGCACGGUAGCAACCCAGGCCUCGGGUCUCCUGAGCACUAAGACCAAGCCCGUGGCCUCGGUGAGUGGGCAGUCCUCUGGAUGCUGUAUCACCCCCACUGGGUACCGAGCGCAGCGCGGGGGCACCAGCGCAGCACAGCCACUCAACCUCAGCCAGAACCAGCAGUCAUCGUCAGCUCCAACCUCGCAGGAGAGAAGCAGCAACCCUGCCCCCCGCAGACAGCAGGCGUUUGUGGCCCCGCUCUCCCAAGCCCCCUACGCCUUCCAGCAUGGCAGCCCGAUACACUCGACGGGGCACCCACACCUGGCCCCAGCCCCUGCUCACUUGCCAAGCCAGCCUCACCUGUAUACGUAUGCUGCCCCCACCUCUGCUGCUGCACUGGGCUCCACCAGCUCCAUUGCUCAUCUCUUCUCCCCGCAGGGCUCCUCAAGGCAUGCUGCAGCCUAUACCACCCACCCCAGCACUCUGGUGCACCAGGUCCCUGUCAGUGUGGGGCCCAGCCUCCUCACCUCUGCCAGUGUGGCCCCUGCUCAGUACCAACACCAGUUUGCCACCCAGUCCUACAUUGGCUCGUCCCGAGGCUCAACAAUUUACACUGGAUACCCACUGAGCCCUACCAAGAUCAGCCAGUAUUCCUACUUGUAGUUGGUGAGCAUGAGGGAGGAGGGGCCGUGGCUUCCCUCUCUGGCCCUGAGUUCUGCAGAAUGGGCUGUGCUCAGCUCCUCCCCUACUCUCUCCUGAAACUCCUUAGCCAGCCCCUCGCUCUGCAGGGCCCACUGACAGAAGGUUUUUCUCUGGGGAACUUGUCUCAGUGUUGACUGCAUUGUUGUAGUCUCCCAAGUCCGCCUGUUUUUAAUUCCUUAUUUUUGCGACAGCAUUCUGGUAUUUGGAAGAGUUCAGAUGCCCAUCUUCUGCAGUGACCACGGGAGAGAGGUCAUUCUGAAGUCACCCUUCGAAAAAUAUUUUCUCUCUGACUUUGUUUCUAUAAAUGCUUUUAAAAACAAGUGAAGCCCCUCUUUAUUUAACUUUUGUUUUAUUGUAGUUACUGGUCAGAGGAAAAAUGCUGAUAGAAGGACUUGGAGUCUGUUAGUGAGGAAAAAAAAUCAUUGCUUUUUGCUUGUUUAAAAACCAAGACUUAAUUGCUUAUUUUAAGAGUAGCUUUCACAAGUCCUUAUUUUCCUAUCAGGCACUUCUCAGAAUUUUACUUUUGUCUGUGAGAUAUUUAAAUUUACAGUGUUUUAGUUUUGUUUUCAUGUCAUAUACUUAACGGGCAAUUGUUAUUUCUGCAUAACUGGUUGUGUACUGCUCUGAAUUACUAUUGGGAUUCUCUCAUUGCUCUGUGUUCAUUACAAAGUAGCGUUAAAAAGGCAGCUCGCUGUUGGUUGGUAACUCAGCACGAGAAUCCAUGCCUGCCAUGAAAACACAACGCACCAGGUGUUCUUCUUAAACGAAGCACCAUGCAUUAUUUUGAAAUUAUUUUUUAAAAUGUUCUCUGAUUCAGCUCAAAUUUUAUUAUGGAAAAGCCAUUGAAGUGAUUGCUAUUGUAUGGUGGUGGUGGUUUUAUUAUAUGCAAAAUCUCUUUGUAUUAUGCGCUACUGGCAUUGAGGAGCUUCGCCUAAAGAUUAGUAAGUAUUUUCAAUAAUCCGCCUCUCUCUCUCCUCGCCUCACCUCUCCCUUCUGUUGUCUGUGAUUGAUUUGGGGAGAAAGCGAAAGAAUCUGAGACCAGAUGAAAACAUUGUGUAUAGCUUUUAUACUUUAGACUAGCUUCCUUUGUAUGCCAGCAGCAGACUGAAUGCUCUCUUAUUAAGACUUAUACAAUAAGUGCAUGUAGGAAUUGCAAAAAAUAUUUUAAAAAUUUAUUACUGAAUUUAAAAAUAUUUUAGAAGUUUUGUAAUGGUGGUGUUUUAAUAUUUUGCAUAAUUAAAUAUGUACAUAUUGAUUAGAAAAAUAUAAUAAGCAAUUUUUUCCUGCCCUCCCAAGAUGUUAUUUGUAAUCAAAUGUGUAGUGAUUACACUUGAAUUGUGUAUUUCGUGUGUACCUGAUCCUCCAGUGUUACCCGGGAGAUGGAAUUGGUGUCUCCAUUGUAUUUAAACCAAAAUGAACUGAUACUUGUUGGAA